UCAACGAGCAAACAACAUAAGCGCGACGGCCAGGACUCGAGCAGGAGCAGGACAUGAUGUCAGCGCUUAAUGAGAACAGCCUCAGCCCAGUUGCAACUGCAACGGCGACGGCAACAGCAACUGCAGCAGCAACUGUAGCCAGCAGCAAGUGCUCUGCCACAACGGCCACAAUGCUAACCACAAAAACGCCAUUUUCCAUCGAACACAUAUUAUUUCAAAACUUAAACAAUAAUAAUAAUAACAACAACAACAACAACUCCAACAGCAAUAGCAAUCAAAAGUGCAACAAAUAUUCAGUGAAAAGUGCCAGGAGCAAUACGAGCGCCAGCUCCAUAUCCGCCAUAUCAAAUACCCUUUCGAGUGGCAGUGGCAGUGCCAACGCCAAUUCAAGUGCAUAUGACAAUAACAGAUAUCCUAUAAACCCAACAGCGCCGGCCUCGACACGCCACACAAACAGUCCGCACCAUUCGGCAGCGAUUUAUGCCAGCGAGGAUUACGUCAAGUCCAUGCACAGCCAACGCAGCGCGCACCAACGGUCAGCAGCCGCUCACUAUACCCAUUCGAAUUCGGGGCCAACUGUAGAGCCAAGUCCGCCACCGCCAGCAGCAACUGCCCCGAAUGGUGUGCUGUACCCGAAUGCUGGGUAUGGCGAUCAUGGUUUCUUACAGAUGACCCUCGGCUAUCUAUCCCCGUCGUCGGGCACGUACAAGUCGGUGGAUCCCUAUUUUCUGUCCCAAGCCAGCCUGUUUGGAGGAGCGCCCUUCUUUGGUGCGCCCGGCUGUGUGCCGGAGCUGGCCCUCGGCUUGGGCAUGGGUGUGAAUGCUCUGAGGCAUUGUCGACGUCGUAAGGCGCGCACCGUCUUCAGUGACCCGCAGCUUUCGGGGCUGGAGAAACGUUUUGAGGCGCAACGAUAUUUGUCGACGCCAGAACGCGUAGAACUGGCCACGGCGCUGGGCUUAAGCGAGACGCAGGUCAAGACCUGGUUCCAGAAUCGUCGUAUGAAGCACAAGAAGCAGCUGCGACGACGCGACACUGCCAAUGAACCCGUUGACUUCUCACGCACCGAGCCAGGCAGCAAGCAGCAGGGCGAGCCCCACAGCCCCACAGCUGUCUCCACAGAUUCCAAGUCCAAGUUGGGCCAAACAACUAGUCAACAGCAGCACCAACAGCAACUGCAAAUGUGCUUCCUGCAGCAUGGCUACUCAACGGAUGAUUAUUCCGAUCUGGAGGCUGACAGCGAGGAUGAUGAUAAUUCUAGCGAUGUGGACAUUGUGGGCGAUACGAAGCUAUAUCAGCUUACAUAG